AUGAUUUAUCUAAUAAUAUCAUUACUAGCAUUUACUCAAUAUUCUUUAUCUUUUAGCCAUUUCAUACAGGAACCUUUUCCAAUAGAAAAAUAUUCAAUAGAUUACAUACCUUUAAACCAUUGGGAAUCUGAAAUUUUAGCAAACUCAACAGCUUUAAAUCUAGGCAAAAUUAUUUCAUUGGGUAAAGACUCUGACUGUUACAUUCCAAACUAUUCCUUUGCAGCUUUACAAAAAAUAGGCUAUUUCCAGAAUUACAACAUUGAAAAAAAAGAUGAUGAAAAUUUAGAUAGUUUUUUAAGGGAUAACCUAAAUGAUGCAAUUGAAAUUCUAAGAAAGCAAUUCUCAAAUAAUGAUCAUGAGGGUAGCUCUUGUAUUAACUAUCCAAAUGGCUUCUGGACUUAUCAAUUUUGUUCAGGCAAUUCAAUAAAUCAAAUACAUUUUGGUGAUAUAAUUAAAAAUGAUGAGAAAUUGAAUUUUACAUUAGGGAAUACUAAUGAGGAAUUCGAAAAAAGAGAUCACAAAUUAUUAUAUGAUACUGUCGAUGGAUAUUAUAUAUCCGAAAGCAUUUCUAAUGGAGAUAUUUGUGAUUUGACAGGUAUGCCAAGAUCGACGGAAGUACACUACAGUUGUGGACCAUCUACUGAUAAAGUCAGCAUUGAACUAGUUCAAGAACAGAAGACUUGUAAUUAUAUAUUGAAGGUAUCUGUUAAUGAAUUAUGUUCUUUAGAUAUAUAUAAAGAACAAAAUCAAGAAUUGAGCGAUCCUCAUUUUAAUUCACCAAUCUCAUCUUCUGCAUUAACCAGUAAUUCUGGGAAUAUUAAAUCAAUGGUUUGUGUUGUAAAACAUGAAAAACCAAAAUUGGGUAUAUUGGAUGUAAUCGAAGAUAGCAAACCAAUAUUUUUAGGAUAUGGUUUUUAUUUUUUGACAGAUAAGAAUGAAAACAGCAAUAAUAGAUUGAUAUAUACUGGUAGUUCAGAAAAUCUACAAAAGAACCUAGGAUUUGCUGUCGAUUACUUGGUUACUGAGAAAUAUAUUAAAAUAUCCAAUGAUGAUAAUGACGAGUUCACUUGGAAUUGUGAUAUCAUCAAUAUUAAACACGAGUUAAUUGAUAAAAUAUCGUUAGUUCUAAAUGAUGACGCGUUGAUUGGUUUCAAAAACCUUGGUCUCAAUUAA